CUGAGUUUUCUUUUUUCCUCACUUCGGACGAAAACCCUAUGUGCUCCGACAGACUUGCGAUGGCGAGCACCUGUGCUUUCUCAUCGCGUUACUGAGGCGACCGGAUUCUGGCACUUCAAUGACCGGCGGCUCUCUGGCGAUAGGUCAUGGAGAGAGAGCUGCAACCGCCGACACAGACGCCCUUCCACAAAUCUAUCGAUCAUCGCCUUCGGAAGCAGCAAAAUCGCCGGCGAGGACAGCAGCGGUCGCGGCGACGUGACUCCUAGAAAAACCCCGCACGCGAAGACCUCAACCCGCUUCUUCUCCGACGACCUUUGGUUGCGGGAACUUAACGUUGAGACGAGUGCAAACAAACAAUAUGUUUGGAUGGAACAUUAUAGGUCUAUCACUUUCAUCGUAGGUUCGAAACAGGGUGGAGGAUGGUGCAACAGUCUCAAGUCCUGUAUUUACCGUAAAACGACACGUCGUGGGUCGUCAACACACUUUGAGAAAAUAAUUCCAUUCACUGGGUUACUUAGCAACAAGGCUGAAGAGAAUCCAGUAACAAUACGCUACUAUGAUGGUGCUUCCUUCGCUGCCGAUGGUGACAAUGAAAUAAGAGGUUGUGUAACAGCAGUUUUGAUUAUUUAUAAAAAUAUUCCAUACGGCACAUUCUAUUCCCUCAUUUACUAUGUAAAAUAUGAUACAAUGAUAAAAACAUUAAUAAGACAUUACUACAGCCUCCGGCUGUGCAUGGCACAGCCUCCGGCUGCUAGUUUGAAGAAGAAAAAAGAAGAGGAAGAAGAAAGA